CCUUGGUAAACUGGGCUCGGGCUUCCCUCCUGUGGUAUCAACACGCAUUAGCCGGGUUCUAGUCAGAUUGGGCCGCUCCGUCCUCCCUCUCCGCCUUCCCUGGUCUCCAGCCCGGAAUGCCAUCUCCGCCUCUGCGCUCGCUUGGGCUUCCGGUCCACUCCAGCCACAGCUGGCCCGUGACGCCUUUCUAAACAACAGCCCGGCUUCACCCUCAGUUCCCGGCCUGAAAUUUUCCCAGUCAAGCGUCCCGGCCUAUCCGGCGGGAGCGUCGGCAGCGGUUUCCCCCAAGGGAUUGCAAUCUGAAGAGGAGCACGGCUGUCUCUGGAACUUUCCGGAAUCCCCUGACGCCUGCGCUCCCCGGUCCAGCUCGCUGGAGAUGCAGCGGCAGCCAGUCUGACUAAAGAAGAAGAAACAGGAAGGAUAAAAGAUUGCUGGGACAACCAGGAAGUUCCUGCAUUGUCUACAUGUAGCAAUGCUAAUAUUUUUCGAAGGAUAAAUGCCAUUUUGGAUGAUUCACUGGACUUCAGUAAAGUCUGCACAACACCCAUAAAUCGAGGAAUUCAUAAUCGAGACUUCCAGGACUCUGAAGAAGCUGUUACAAGCAGGAUGCUUUUUCCCACCUCUGCGCAAGAAUCUCCCCGUGGCCUUCCAGAUGCAAAUGGCUUGUGCCUUGGCCUGCAGUCACUCAGUCUGACUGGCUGGGACCGACCCUGGAGCACUCAGGACUCUGACUCUUCAGCCCAGAGCACCACACAGUCGGUAUUAAGCAUGCUCCAAAAUCCACUGGGAAAUGUCCUAGGAAAAGCCCCCUUGAGCUUCCUGUCUUUGGAUCCCCUUGGGUCUGACUUGGACAAGUUCCCAGCACCCUCAGUUAGAGGAUCUCGCCUGGACACCCGGCCCAUCCUGGACUCCCGUUCUAGCAGCCCCUCUGACUCAGACACGAGUGGCUUCAGCUCUGGAUCAGAUCAUCUCUCAGAUUUGAUUUCAAGCCUUCGCAUUUCCCCUCCUCUGCCCUUCCUUUCUAUGACGGGAAAUGGUCCCAGAGACCCUCUAAAGAUGGGAGUUGGGUCCCGGAUGGACCAGGAACAAGCUGCUCUUGCUGCAGUGACUCCCUCUCCAACCAGUGCUUCAAAAAGAUGGCCAGGAGCUUCUGUGUGGCCAUCGUGGGACCUUCUCGAAGCUCCUAAAGACCCUUUCAGCAUAGAGAGAGAAGCUAGACUACACCGGCAGGCUGCAGCUGUGAAUGAAGCUACCUGUACCUGGAGUGGCCAGCUUCCUCCCCGAAACUAUAAGAACCCCAUCUACUCCUGCAAGGUGUUCCUUGGAGGUGUUCCUUGGGAUAUUACGGAAGCUGGAUUGGUUAACACCUUCCGUGUUUUUGGCUCUCUGAGUGUGGAGUGGCCUGGUAAGGAUGGCAAGCACCCCCGGUGUCCUCCCAAAGGGUAUGUGUAUUUGGUGUUUGAACUAGAGAAGUCUGUCCGGGCCUUGCUUCAGGCUUGUUCUCAUGACCCGAUGAGCCCAGAUGGCCUGAGUGAGUAUUAUUUCAAGAUGUCCAGCCGAAGGAUGCGCUGCAAAGAGGUGCAGGUAAUCCCUUGGGUCUUGGCUGACAGCAACUUUGUCUGGAGUCCAUCACAGAGACUGGAUCCCAGCAGGACGGUGUUUGUUGGUGCCUUGCACGGAAUGCUCAAUGCUGAGGCUCUGGCUGCCAUCUUGAAUGACCUAUUUGGUGGAGUGGUGUAUGCUGGGAUUGACACAGAUAAGCACAAGUACCCCAUUGGGUCUGGUCGCGUGACUUUCAAUAAUCAACGUAGUUACCUGAAAGCAGUCAGCGCUGCUUUUGUGGAGAUCAAAACCACCAAGUUUACCAAGAAGGUUCAAAUUGACCCCUAUCUAGAAGAUUCUCUGUGUCUUAUCUGCGGUUCACAGCCUGGCCCUUUCUUCUGUCGUGAUCAGGUGUGCUUCAAGUAUUUUUGCCGAAGCUGCUGGCACUGGCGACACAGCAUGGAAGGCCUGCGCCACCACAGCCCCCUGAUGAGGAACCAGAAGAACUGAGAUUCCAUCUAGAGAAGCUGACCUUGCCCAGUGGCCUGUAUUGCCCAAGGCUGGCAAAUCAGGCCUGUACCCUGCACUGGCGCCCAAGGAGCUAGCUUUCUGCAGACAAGGGAAAAUUGUAGUCACCUUUGUACUUGCUAAAUCUGUCUUUGUUUCUGCACUAAUUAAUGCACAAUGAGUUUUGUCAGGUUUUGUUUUCAGGGGUGUGCCAGAGCAAGGACCCUCAGGCUCACCCUCAAGCAAAUGUAGUUUUCCCAGAUUCUAGUUCCUCAUUUUGCAAAUGAAAAGAAAAACAACAACAAACUGUGUGUCCAGAAGGUAUUGACACAGAAGCCUACACCUAAGUUUAUUUAUUAAAGCGCUUUUUACAUUCCUUGCAAUACUGAAGGUGGUGAUGCGCAGGUCUCAUUGGUUCAUUCUUGCAGUUGCCAUACAGUGCCUUUCCAUUUAUUUAACCCCCACCUGAACGGCAUAAAUUGAGUGUUCAGCUGGUGUUUUUUACUGUAAACAAACAAGGAGACUUUGCUCUUCAUUUAAACCAAAUCAUAUUUCAUAGUUUACGCUCGAGGGUUUUUACUGGUUCCUUUUUACACUCCUUAAAACAGUUUUUAAGUCAUUUGGAACAAUAGAAUUUUUUUUUCUUUUCUGGCAGCUUUUAACAUUAUAGCAAAUUUGUGUCUGGGGGACUGCUGGUCACAGUUGCAAAUCAAAGCAUUUGUAACCAAGGGAAAAAUUAUUUUAUUUAAAACUGGACCGGAGAGAAAGAAAAUUAGGUCUGAGCAGCUGCUGUAUAUAGUUUUAAAUGGUUUGUCGCACCUUCUUACGUUGCACUUACGUGGGGGGAGGGUUGGUAGAAGUUUUUAAUCACAGUCACAGGGUUUUUUCUUUUGUAACUGAGCUUAAAAAUUUAAAAAAAAAAAGGGCUGCUUUUUGGUGGGGGCAGUUGAAGGCUCACAGGAGCCCUUUCUCUUAGAGGGGCAAGUACCCUUCCUUACAUCUUUUAUUUGAAGAAUGUAUGAAUCAACAGAGUUGACACAAAAAUGCUACUGGAUUUUGAAAACUUGACUUUUUCUUUUUAACUACUACUUGCCCCUCUUAGGGAAGCUGUGUGCCAAAGAACCAGUGUCAUCCCCUCCCUCCUGCUGAGCUGAUGUUGCAUUGUUCAUAUCCCAGCUACUCUGUGGGUUUUGUGAAGCUGUGUGUGAAGUCUCUACCUCAUUGUUGUAUAUGCAGGCAAGACUGCACUCUCCUCAGAUGUGUGGAGUAAGCUGUGGUGUACUUUUUUUGGCACAUAAUAAACACGUUGCAGCAGA